AUGGCACCACGGUGCCGGGCAGUACCUUCUAUCGGAUCCACUCCGCCGCAACAAACGCAGACUUCAACUUUGACAUCACGAAUUACGACGGUAACGAUCACUACAGCAAGGGUGACAACACAUCCUUCUGAAACAGCCGUUUCAAGCAGCACAUCGGAUCAAUUCGUGAUUGGCCAAUUCGAUGGUGUGUCGAGUCAAGGGCCACAGACGACAGUGACGUCAUCAACCCCAGGUCCGACGCCAAUUGUGACAACAGGUCCAGCUAUGCAGUCAACUAUGGUCGGAAUCAUCACAGGGCAAAACGAAGACUUACCUACUCCUCCCACCAUACAAGAAGAAUUUCCGACUCCAUCCAGUUUCCCUACCACUACAGGAGGUGGUGGCGGUUCCUGGGAAACUGUGGAAACAUUGUUUCCAACGCCGCCAUCAACAUUACCAGAAAGGUAG